CUGAGAUGACUUAGCGGCCCGGAGCUCCGGCAGCUCCCUCGAAUAGCACACAGUAACAGAGCAUGAAAAAAAAUAGGAACACAAUGAGAGUGAGCUGAAAAUAGUGUCUUUUUCGCUAGCUUCAGUAACUGUAGUUGUCACGUCUCUAGCUUGCAGUCAUGGCAGGCAAAGAGAACGCUGAGGUUCGCAGAGCACUAUCAGCUCUCUCCCAGACGGGACGCGAUGAGAGAAGUGCUAGCGAGUCCGGUAACAAGGAGGCGACUUGCACGGAAACCAUUGCUUGCAUCGCCGAAGCAAGCAACGGCAUUCCCGAGGCAGUGCGCAGACUGAAACGUUUGUUAGUGGAUGAAUAUGUCGGCGCAACCGUGGACAUGGGCGAAGGCAUGGUGGAGGAAGGGAUGAAGGAGCCAAGCGUUUCAGAUGUACAAGUACGACUGAUGAUCUAGGCCAGAGCUCCAGAGGGAGUUUUCCGAUACGAGCUUUGACUCAACAGGGGACAUGUGGCGCGUUGAACACGUUUUCACAAAGGCAGCCGAUAGUUUGGAGAACAUCUCCAUUGAAAGUCUCUUCGAUCUGGACAAUGAGAAGAUGCUGGAGUUCUCCAGCGGAGGUCGAACGUAUCGCAUAUUGGCUGUUGCCAGCGCGGGCUGUGGCAAGACGUUCGUCUUUACUAGAGUGGCUCCAUUGAAAUGGGCCCAGAAUGAAAUGUGGACAUCGUUUGACUUGGUGAUAGCACGGAAGCUACGGAACAGGGAGGUCAGAGAGGCAACGGACAUAUGUGCUCUGCUUGGCGUGGGAGAGCUAGGAGUGUUUACGAGCGAGGAGCGCAAAAGCAUCGAUGAUUUUGUUCGCCAACAAGCUCACCGAGUAUGCAUUGUACUCGAUGGCCUUGACGAGAUCCGCCUUGGCGACUGCAGCGGCUUUGUACAGGACAUUAUCAACGGGUCAAAAGUGAGGGGAAUGCGUCUGGUGGUGACGUCACGGCCGUGUGUAGAACUGCUGAGCCUGAGUGACAAAAAGCAGUUUGAUCGGCGAGUGGAACUUGUCGGUUUUCGGCAAGAAGAUGUUGACGAAUACAUUGGCAAGGUGCUGAGGUCAGUGGACGAAGCAUCUGCACUGGUAGCGGCAGUACGGCGGGACCAAAACCUUGCUAGUAUGAUGGCCACGCCAUUCUUAGCCAUGCAGACAUGCAAGAUGUUCCACUGCCGCAAUGGCAUGCUGCCAAAAUGCCUGUCGGACAUCUUCGAAAUGAUGAUCAUCCAAGUUGCCGAGCGUAAUACUGGUGAGUCGUACAAGAGUUGGAAUGAGAUUUCUCCAGUCGUCCAAGCUCUUAUCCUAGAUCUUGGGGAAAUCGCUUUCAGCAUGCUCAUUGAACGGCGACUCAUUUUCACCGAUGCUGAUAUGCAGAUGCGAGCGAUCACCAGGGAAGCUAAAGCUCUCGGCCUUCUCGUGCUAGCCGACAGUAGCAGUUGCGACGACGGCAGACUGUGGAUGUUCAGCCAUUUGACGUUACAAGAGUCGUUGGCGGCUCGCUACGUGGCUGUGAAGAAGGCAACAACGCCGGCACGCGUUGUCCGUUUGGUGGAGUUACUGGGCCCCGAAAGCGACCACUUACGGACUUUCUGGAUGCUUUUGACAGCCCAGUUGGACAAAGCGAAUGCUGACUGUCUGAUCAACGGUGUUCUAACUCGUCACAAGACCUGUGACGGACGAGGAGCGGCUAUAAACGACGAUGACGAGGAAUGGGACGACCCGCAUGAUGCAACCGCGGAACAAGCUGUCUUCCCACUUGAUAUGCUUGAGGCGCUUAUUGCCAGUUUGGACGACUCGGAAGGCCGCCGUCUCGCAGAAGAGCUUCUCUCCGACAGCCUGAACGGAAGAAGCAGUGUGCGUUACGUGGAGAACCGUAGCAAGUACGGCCGACCUGAUAGCGGUGAACAGUUCUUGAGAGUGACGUUGCUGACAUGGGUGGAGCGCUGCCCUGAUGCAACGUACGAUACACUGGCUGAUGCUUUACGAUGCAUGGGCAAAGACGUCCUCGCAAAGUCUCUUCAUACUCCUAUGGGCGGUGGUGAUCCAACACCGAUGAAGAGUCCAUUCCACAAGGAAAUCACUCUUGUCUCACGCAGUAAGUUAGAGCUAGCAGUGCUAAGCUAUGCGGAGCGCUGCCGUCACCAUGACGAUGACCGUCAACCCAUGUCCAGCCUAGCUGCCGCUUUCCAGAGCAUUUUAGUGAUCAAUGGCCAUGACCAUCCGGCCGUCAUCCGUGCUUAUGAUGUCGCCGUCGAUGCGCACUGCACGAGCGUGAAGGGUGUGCGCCUUCGUAAAUGGGAACGUACUACUAAACAAUUUCCACUAUCACUUCUAAAGUGUGAGAAUAUCACGCGGCUACACAUCGAAGCCUGUACCUAUCAUUGGCAGCAGAUCACGUCAGUAGUGAAGUCAUCACACAUGCAUCUGCAGGAGAUCAAUCUGGCUCAGUGUGAUCUCACUGAUACAUGUACCAGCAUACCCUCGCACCCGGUCGGCACACAACCGCCGCAUGCUGAACACAGAGGAAGAGCUACAACGACCGACCAUGGCGACCGCAACAGUGCAAUGCUGCUGGCUUGGGCACUUGCCGAUGUUCGCUGCCUCAACACGUUCAGUCUUGCCACGUGCUCGGGCAUUGGUGAUCAGGGUAUGCGCGCGAUCUGCAAGGCCCUGCGUCUCUCGACACACUUAUCGUCCUUAUUCAUGUCUGUCCGCAAGCCAGGAUUGCUUCAUUGCAUUGACAUCCUGACAGAUCAUCUCCGCAGUGCAUGGCCUGAUAUAGUGCAGUUGCUCGUCAAUUUCCGUGUAUCCUCGGAUAUGCAGGAGGCGCUAUCAGACCACGACGUGUCUGCAUUCUUGCGUGCCGUCAACUCACACACAUCACUCCAACAACUUGUGAUACGGCACGGUCCACGAACGUGGUGUACGGAUGGCUACCGACGUCUUCUCGAUAAGAACUCUUACCGAUCUUCCUUAGGCGUUCGCAUCGCUAUCAUCCCCUCCGGCGAUGGGCGUCCAAUGGUCCAAUGGUGUUCAUGCGUUCACUCGCUGGUUUGUGCUCCUGCAUGCGUGUGAGUGGCCAGCGUAGCUUAUCUAAUUUCAUCUACUCAAUUAUUAAAUUUUGUAAGCUGCAGGACUGUACGAGACAAGGCAGCUUUCACUCGUGGACAACGCCAGACCCUUGCUUUGCUGGCAGAUUUCACUCGUGUACAACGCCAGACCCUUGCUUUGCUGGCAUAUUUCACUCGUGUACAACGCCAGACCCUUGCUUUGCUGGCAUAUUUCACUCGUGUACAACGCCAGACCCUUGCUUUGCUGGCAGAUUUCACUCGUGUACAACGCCAGACCCUUGCUUUGCUGGCAAAUAUAGAUGUCACUCGUGGACAACGCCAAACACUUGCUUUGCUUGCAAAUUUCACUCGUGGACAACGCCAGACCAGGGGCGUACGCCGCUCGCCUCCAGGAGUGGUUCCCAUGCCACCUGAUGAACCAAAAUUCCACACAAAUUCAAUUGAAGUGCUAUUUUUCGUAUCCCACGGCCGGAGUUUCUGCAUCUUCUUCUCAGACUGGGUGAAAUUAACAUCCACAAGCUGCUGGACGAUGUCAUUGCUACGCACUUUUGACUUUACGUUUUAUGGAUGUUUUGUUCAGCAUGACGGUUGCAUGCAGUUUUGAAAGCUGCCUAAGUUUCCAAUCAUCUGGAGCAAACAUCACACAGGGCAAGCAGAAGCCACCAUUGCACGCCGGUCAAAAGACUACCCAGGGUAACUCCUCUAAUAACAAGGAUAGUUGAAAGUGGCGCUGUUUCCCAUCCGUCUGGACACGCACAGGAAAUGAAAUCCUUCGCCUUCGGUGGCGCACAAUGAUUAUCGACGACGGAGAUCUUUUCCGUGUCCGGCAAAUUUCGGGGAACUGGAUUCCACUGUGGACGUCGACGUUCAGAAUAUCCCUUCCAACACACUCCCAUGUCACUAAAGUAAGUAUUGGAUGAUCCAGCAGCUUCCAACAGCGGUCGCUCUACAGCUUCGCCGACAAUUUUUUCCGCAGCGCUGCUCGUUGCAUGCAGACUUCGCUUGCAAGUCAGGUGCGUCUGCAUUCUCAUCUAUCGCGUGACCUUUGCCACUAGCACUGGCUACAUGCUUUCGGCCUGCUGCUCAAAAUAGCUCUGAAUAGAGCUCUGGCCCUCUGGAUGUCGACGCUUCAUUUUUCUUUUCCACAAAGCGAAAGCAUCGUUCGAAACACGACCAACUUUGUCGAAACAAACUGCAAAGGAAAAUUUGACUCUGAGAUCGAGGAAUCCGGCGAUGUACCUAGUUCAGUUGAACCCAGUUCAGUACGCUGUUACGACUUUCACACCUGGGCUACAGUCACCGUCCUCGGACCGUCAGGCGGACUCGCACUGCAUGCACUUGCGCUGCUAUCGAUAGCGCACUGCGAGCGCUGGGCCUGGACCAAAAACUUCUCUGUACCCAUAUCGAAGUUUUUUUACUGGUUCCCGGGCAUCCCGGGAACCGCCCUAUGUACGCCCCUGCAG